CAGUGGAAAACAAAAUCCUCACAUUAACCAUAGUGUAUACUCUUGUGAGUAUGGGAACUGAGGUUUCAGUCUUCUUAUGAAGUGGAGCCAAGUACAACAUCAUAUAAACUUCUCUGAAUUUAUUGUUUACUGUAAACUGGUCCAGCAUGUCUUGCGUAUCUGACAGCUCUGGUCUCAACAAGGCCCUGCGCCAGCAAUACCUCAAUCUGCCUCAGCGAGGCUUCUGUCAGGUCACUUAUAUCUGGAUCGAUGGCUCAGGAGAGGGUCUGCGUAAUAAGACUCGAACCAUGGAUUCUGAACCAAAGAGUAUCGCUGAUCUGCCAGAAUGGAACUUUGAUGGUUCCAGCACAGGGCAGGCUAAAGGAUCCAACAGCGACAUGCUUCUGAUUCCAGUCAGCAUGUUCAGGGACCCCUUCCUUUUGGACCCUAACAAACUAGUCCUGUGUGAGGUGCUCAAGCACACCCGAGAACCGGCAGAAUCAAACCAUCGUAACUACUGUAACAAGAUCAUGGAGAAGGUCAAAGACCUCCACCCUUGGUUUGGCAUGGAACAAGAGUAUACUCUUUUUGGAGUGGAUGGACACCCUUACGGCUGGCCCAGACUUGGCUACCCCAAGCCACAAGGUCCAUAUUACUGCAGUGUUGGUGCUGAAUGGGCCUUUGGCAGAGAUAUUGUGGAGUGCCAUUAUAAAGCCUGUCUUUAUGCUGGAAUCAAAAUCUGUGGCACUAAUGCAGAGGUCAUGCCCUCUCAGUGGGAGUUCCAGGUGGGGCCAUGUGAAGGUAUUGAGAUGGGCGAUCAACUGUGGAUUGCCCGUUUCCUGCUAAACAGGGUGUGUGAAGAUUUUGGGGUGGUGGCCAGUCUGGAUCCAAAACCCAUGAAAGGAGAUUGGAAUGGAGCUGGUUGCCACACCAAUGUGAGCACUGUGCACACCAGAGAGCAAGGAGGAAUUGAACAUAUCGAUAAAGCCAUCGAGAAACUGAGAAAGCGCCAUGCAGACCACAUUCGUGUUUAUGACCCACACAAUGGUGAGGAUAACAAGCGCCGCCUCACAGGUCUCCAUGAGACCGCCAGCAUCCAUGAAUUCUCCGCAGGUGUUGCCAACCGAGGGGCCAGCAUCCGUAUUCCCCGCCAGGUGGGUCAGGACAAAUGUGGUUACUUUGAGGAUCGCCGUCCUGCUGCCAACUGUGACCCAUAUGCCGUGACCGGCGCAAUCGCUCGCACCUGCAUGCUGGAAGAGGAAGAUGUCCAUGAAUUGGAAUAAUACUUUCUACAUUAUAAACAGCAAUUAUUUUAGUAUGUCAGGUUGAGAGCAAUAAAUUAUAUCUUUUACAUUACCCCAUUUUUUUGAGGUUUGCAUUU